GUGAAGCAGUGGCAGCGGGUGAUGCCCUUUGUGAGAUUGAGACCGACAAGGCUGUUGUCACCCUGGAAUCUAGUGACGAUGGUGUCAUGGCUAAGAUAUUGUCCACAUUCCCUUACUCCAUCCUUGUCUUUGCCACUGUGUGGUUGAGGGAUGCAUUGAAUCUCUUGAAGAUAUCUCCCGCCGCCAAAGCAGCUCCAGCCCCCGCUGCCCCGAGUCCGGCCCACACCCCGGCAGCUGCCCCCCCACCCCCAGGCAGCAGACCCAACAUCCCUCCUCUCUCUGUACCAGGGAAACCAGGAGCACCGGGCACUUUCACUGAGAUCCCAGCCUCGAAUGUCCGUCGCAUUAUUGCUCAAAGGCUAACGCAAUCGAAGACCACCAUCCCCCAUUCGUAUGCAUCCGUAGACUGUGACAUGGCGGCGGUCAUGAGUCUCCGCAAAGACUUGGCCCGAGAUCAAAUCAAAGUGUCUGUUAAUGAUUUCAUUAUCAAAGCAGCUGCUGUAACACUUAAAGAGAUGCCAGAGGUGAAUGUGACCUGGUCUGGCGAGGGACCCCGCGCGCUUGAUUCAGUCCACAUUUCAAUCGCUGUGGCCACUGACAAAGGCCUCAUUACCCCCAUCAUCAGGGAUGCUGCAAACAAAGGAGUUCAGGAGAUCUCAGCUAACAUCAAGGCUCUGGCCCAGAAGGCUCGAGAUGGUAAACUUCUGCCUGAAGAGUACCAGGGAGGCUCAUUCAGUAUAUCUAACCUGGGGAUGUUCGGUAUCAGUGGCUUCAGCGCCGUGAUCAACCCUCCUCAGGCGUGCAUCCUUGCGGUCGGUACCUCCAGGUCCGAGCUGCGACUGUGCGAGGAUAGCCAGACCCUGCGCACCCAGCAGCUGAUGACAGUCACACUGUCCAGUGACGGAAGAAUGGUGGAUGACGAAUUAGCCUCACGGUUUCUCAAUAAAUUCCGCAGCAACCUAGAAAAACCACAACGCAUGGCCCUAGCCUGAAAUAUAUAUAUAAAGUGAGAUAGCUGUUGGAAAGGGAUUCUAAGGUCACAGCAAGAAAAACCUGCAUGACAAAGCCUGUGUCAUGCUCUUAAAAAGCUAAUUCACGAUCAUGCUUGGAUUAAGGCUUACAAAGUAGGCAUGUAUAUAGUGUAAACGUGUGUUGUUUGCUUACUACUGAUUUAAAAUGACCAGGCUUUGUGAUGCAGGAGUUCAAUUUGGAUUUUGCUAGAGUGGUAGAGGAUUCUUGCCGCUGUGCCAAAUAUAAGGGCAGAGGUGGCAUACUGUAAAAGGGGUGGUUUUUCAAUCACACCAGUGUUGUGUAUAUAUGAAGAGGUUAUUCCACUUCAAGUUCUUUUCUUCAGACCCUUUUCAUCUACUCUGUGUCACUAUUAAUGCACAUGCAAGUGGUUCUGCAAAAUAAAAAUAUAUGUAUCAUUGAACAUCUGUAGCAAUUCAGCUUCCGAUAAGGAUAAACCAGAAUGAACCAUUUCCUGCUGUUACAGAAUUCAUGUUCAAGAACUUAAUGAUUGUUCAUAUUAUUCAUACAUGUUAACUUAUUUAAAACAGAUUGUUUGACACUCCUUAAAUUGAAUCUCAAGUCCAUGUGUAUACUAAAUAAAUACUAUCAUUUAGGUUUUUGAUUUCCCUUAGAUGCCAAUAAAUCACGUUAUUCC